CUUUGCUGGUUAUGUCAAAGUUCCUUCUCAUGCUCUUAUCAGUGUAACGUUAGUAGUUUUUCUCUAUGCUCGAGCAAUGUGUAUCUUUGUGGCUUGUUUUAGGGCAGGCAGAGUGCCAGUGAAGAUGGGGCUGUCUCUGUGUCCAUGGAAAGAGAUGGCUUCAUGCAGGAUUUUUUCAGAAAGGUGGGGGAGGUCAGAGGUGUCAUUGACAAGAUCUCCUCCCAGGUGAAUGAGGUGAAGAAAAAACAUAGUGGGAUUCUUUCAGCCCCAAACCCUGAUGAGAGGACAAAAGAAGAGCUGGAACAACUCACAAUUGAAAUCAAGAAAAAUGCCAACUUUGUCCGGACCAGCCUCAAAUCAAUGCAACAGAAUCUACCUCCAGAUGAACAGAUAAAUCAAGCCUCAGUGGAUGCACGCAUUCAGAAAACACAGUACACUAACUUGUCACGCAAGUUUGUGGAGGUCAUGACACAAUAUAAUGAAGCCCAAAUGUCCUUCAGAGAGAAAAGCAAAAGCAGGAUUCAGAGACAGCUGGAGAUCACUGGAAGAAUAACAACUAAUGAGGAAUUGGAAGAGAUGCUGGAAACUGGAAACCCUUCUAUUUUCACCUCCGAUAUCAUCUCUGACUCUCAGAUAACUCGUCAGGCCCUUAAUGAGAUCGAGUCUAGACAUAAAGAUAUCUUGCGGCUGGAGUCCAGCAUUAAAGAGCUUCAUGACAUGUUUGUGGACAUGGCCAUGCUUGUUGAGACCCAGGGUGAGAUGAUUGACAACAUUGAGAAGAAUGUAAACAAUGCAGUAGAGUACGUCGGCCAAGCUAAAGUGGAGACCAAGAAAGCUGUGCGGUACCAGACGCAGGCACGCAGGAAACACAUUAUUCUUGCUCUUAUCGUUUUGGUGGUGCUCGCUGUGAUCGCACUCAUUGUUGGUUUAUCUGUGGGCCUGUCUGUUAAAACCAAUACUAACUCCGCCUCCUCCAGCUCGAAUGCAGCCAACCCUUCCUAAGCAUGGUUUCCAAGAAAUUGGUCUGUGUUGCCAUUUGUGGAGCCGUGUGCAGCAUCAUUCUUCUCAUCAUCAUCCUCAUUGGAGUUUACAGCGAUUAGUCACUUAGAGCAAAACUUUAUUCUCUUUAACAUUACUGUGCCUUUGAAAAAAAGAAAGAAAAGAGAGAGAAGAAUUAGUGUUUUUGUUUUGACUGAAAUUUAAAAUGUCCUACAGUAACUAAAAAACUGCUCUUCGGUUUAUUACCGGUGAUUUGUGUAGAAGAUGGCACAGAUUUAUGGUCGAAGACUUUCCUUUUUGACAUUGCUUUGCUACUUCACUACAGCAACCAAAGGUAGUUUUCUCUUUGAGUAAUGUUUUGUAAUAAUACAAUAUGUAACAUUUGGUACUUCAUGCUUUGGGAGAUCCGACUGACAUUGUGGAGUUAAAUAAAAUCCAGCAAAGUGCACUUUAGAUAUAACAAAAAAUUCUGUUUGUAUUCAAGAGUCACAAGUUAAUUUCAGCUUUUACACAAUGGUUUGACAUUGUUUGAUGUGACUGCUGGCUCCACACAAUAUGACGUCAGAUUUGUGAACAAUGUUACUAAACAUCUUUUAGUCACUUAAUGUUGUUCGUUUUUGUAUCUUUCAUAUGACUGUGUCUUACAGGAAGGUAACCAUUCAGUCAAAUGCUCACAAAGUUUAUUGUAAAAUAAAUGUGAGUUGCUC